AUGAGGGUAGACGUCGGAAAAACACAAACAAAGGGAAGUUACCUUACAGAAUACUCUUCUCGAGCACAUGUAUCGCCGAGGUCAUUGCCUUACGGUAGCAGUCAAUCCUUAUCGGCAACUGUUUAUCCUUCAUCGUAUCCUAACGUCAGUGCCAGCCCCGCUACAAAUUUCUUCAAUGCACCCACAGGUUUCGCUCCAUUCAGUUCGGUGAAUCCUUUCGCAGCGACUUUGCAGUCUUCAACUCGAUUAGCUUGA